AUGUCUAACGUCCAGGACUCAUGGGAGGACGACCCGUCCGCUCAGGAUGAGAACCUGGCUCGCCAGGCCCAGCAGCAGAUGCACAUUGGCGGACAGCAAGCCCAGGGAGGUUUCCGUGCCGGUGCUGCUUCCUUCCAGCCCACCGCGCAGACAUUCCAACCCGGCCAGGGAUUCGGCGACGGCGGCAACUACGGACAAUACCAGCAGCAGCAGCCGUACUAUGGCGGUCAGGGGUACUACCCGCAAUACGGGGGCCAACAGAACUUCGGUCAGUACGGCCAACAACAAGGCUAUGGGGGUGUCUACGGCGGCCAAGGUGGCUACAACCAGCAGCAACAACAGCAGCAGCAGCAAUACGGACAGUGGCAAGGCUACCAACAGCAACAGCAAUUCCAACAACCCCAACAGAAUCAAGCGCAGCAGGCGCCGAAGCCCACACCCACUAUUGCGAAGCGACCGACCGAUGCCGCCUCAGGGACUGCCGGACCGAAGCCUACUGUUGCCAAGGAGGGUGGUGCCAAGGUUCUAAGCAUUGGAGGCGAUGCGCCGAAGCCGACCGUUGCUAAGGAGGGUGGCGCAAAGGUUCUCAGCAUCGGCGGCGAUGCGCCGAAGCCCAAGGCCAAGGUUCUGUCCAUUGGUGGGAGCGCUCCUGCCAAGGAAGAGCCGAAGAAGGACGAGACCAAGAAGGUGGAGGCUAAGAAGGAGGGCACCGUGGAGGCGGCCGCCAAGGUGACGGCGUCCAAGGCCAUCGACAAGACAGACUCCAAGGCAGGCAGCGGCAAGACCUCACCCACCCCGUCCUCCGGUCGGUCCAGCCCAUCCCGCGCCGGUGCCAAAGCGGCCGCUCGUGAUGCCGAUGCGGUCGAGAAGGAGCAAUCAGCCGACGUUGACGAUGCAACGCUCAAGGAAAUCUACGGCAAGGAGCACGUCAACAUCAUCUUCAUUGGUCACGUCGAUGCUGGAAAGAGUACGCUUGGUGGCUCCAUCUUGUAUGUCACCGGCAUGGUGGACCAACGAACGUUGGACAAGUACAAGAGGGAGGCUAAGGAGCUGGGUCGUGAGACCUGGUAUCUCUCAUGGGCACUCGAUCUGACCAACGAAGAACGCGCCAAGGGCAAGACGGUCGAAGUCGGCCGUGGCUUCUUUGAGACGGAUAAGCGCAAAUACAGUAUCCUCGACGCACCAGGGCACAAAAAUUACGUCCCUCACAUGAUUGGCGGUGCUUCCCAGGCCGAUGUUGGUAUUCUCGUCAUCAGUGCGCGGAAGGGCGAGUACGAGACCGGGUUCGAGAAGGGGGGCCAAACCCGUGAGCACGCCAUGCUGGCCAAGACGCAGGGUGUGAACAAGCUGGUGGUGGUCAUCAACAAGAUGGACGACCCGACCGUCAACUGGUCGCAGGAGCGGUACACCGAGUGCACAACCAAGCUACAGCAGUUCUUGAAGGGCACGGGAUACAACCUCAAGACCGAUGUCUUCUUCAUGCCCAUUGCCGCCCAGCAGACCCAAGGUAUCAAGGACCGAGUGCCUAAGGACAAGUGCCCGUGGUACGAUGGCCCGUCGCUGCUCGAGUACCUCGACGGCAUGUCGACCCUGGAGCGCAAGGUCAAUGCGCCGUUCAUGAUGGCGGUUUCUGGCAAGUACCGUGACAUGGGCACCAUGAUUGAGGGCAAGAUUGAGGCGGGCGUGAUCAAGAAGGGCAUGAGCGUGAUCAUGAUGCCCAACAAGCAGACGAUCGAUGUGGCGGCGGUCUAUGGCGAGACUGAAGACGAGACGUCCAUCGCCCAGUGCGGUGACCAGGUGCGCCUCCGUCUCCGCGGCAUCGAAGAGGAAGAGAUUCUCCCGGGCUUUGUGCUCUGCUCCCCCAAGCGCUUGGUGCAUAACGUGGCCCAGUUCGAGGCGCAGAUUCGCAUCCUGGACCUCAAGAGCAUUUUGACGGCCGGCUUCAACUGCGUGCUGCACGUCCAUGCCGCCAUCGAGGAGGUUACUUUUGCAUCGCUCCUCCACAAGCUCCAAAAGGGCACCAACCGGAAGAGCAAGCUCCCGCCAUCGCAUGCCAAGAGGGGCGACAGCAUCAUCGCUAUCUUGCAGGUGACAGGUGGCGCUGGCUCUGUGUGCGUGGAGAGGUUUGAGGAUUACCCGCAGAUGGGCCGUUUCACCUUGCGUGAUCAAGGACAAACAAUUGCCAUUGGCAAAAUCACGCGCCUCAUUCACGAUAUUGCUUAA